ACACCUUGAGCAUACAUGUUCCCACCUUUUAGAAUUUCUAAGGGAGUUUUGAUCCACUCAGCAGUUGCUCUUCUACAACGGGUGGCAGAAUUGGAAAAGGUCAAUGCAGAAUUUCUGCGCACAAAGCAGCAACUUGAGCAAGAAUUUAAUCAAAGAGAGCAAAAUUUAAGGAGUUUAUACCUGGCUAGGAAGGUAAGACCGAAAAGACAGAAUGCAGUGCUGCAGGCAGCCCAGGAUGAUCUGGGCCAGCUGAGGACCCAGCUGAUGGAAGCUCAUGCAGAGAUGGAGAACAUCAAAGCAAUAGCUACAGUGUCAGAGACCACCAAGCAGGAGGCCAUCGACGAGGUGAAGAGACAGUGGCAAGAAGAAGUAGCUUCACUACAGGCCAUUAUGAAAGAGACUGUUCGUGACUAUGAGCUCCAGUAUCACCACAGGUUGGAGCAGGAGCGAGCUCAGUGGAACCAGUACCGGGAGAACGUGGAACGGGAAAUUGCCGAGUUGAGACGGCGACUGUCGGAAGGGCAGGAGGAAGAAAACCUGGAAAAUGAAAUGAAAAAGGCCCAGGAAGAUGCUGAGAAGCUGCGUUCGGUUGUGAUGCCCAUGGAGAAGGAGAUUGCAGCCCUCAAGGAGAAACUGGGAGAAGCUGAAGAAAAAAUCAAAGAGCUGGAAGCAUCCAAGGUUAAAGAACUGAACCACUAUUUGGAAGCUGAGAAGUCAUGCAGGACAGACUUGGAGAUGUAUGUGGCUGUUCUCAACACACAGAAAUCAGUCCUGCAGGAAGAUGCAGAGAAGCUGCGGAAAGAACUCCAUGAAGUUUGCCACCUCUUAGAGCAAGAGAGGCAGCAGCACAACCAGCUGAAACACACGUGGCAAACCAACGACCAGUUCCUGGAGUCUCAGCGUUUGCUGAUGAGGGACAUGCAGAGGAUGAGAUCGUCUGACCUCGAGCAGCUCCGGCAGGUGGAAGAACUGAAAAAAAAGGAUCAGGAAGAAGAUGAUCAGCAAAGGCUUAGCAAGACAAAGGGAAAGCAGAAAGAUUCAGAUGAUGAAACAAAAGCUUCAUGUUCUCUGGCCCCUGAGGAAACCCUUACCCAGCUCUCUAAUGAAGAGGUGCAGGUGAACAGCACCCAUGGCUCAGUCCAUUCCCUGGAUGCAGACUUGCUUCUUUCUUCUGGAGAGUCUUUCAAUAAAUCAGACACUGAUAUGUUUAAAGAUGGACUAAGGAGAGCACAGUCAACAGACAGUCUGGGGACAUCUGGGUCUUUACAGUCCAAAGCUUUAGGAUACAACAACAAAGCCAAAUCCGCUGGGAACCUGGACGAGUCGGAUUUUGGGCCACUCGUUGGAGCGGAUUCGGUGUCUGAGAACUUUGAUACGGCUUCCCUUGGAUCUCUGCAAAUGCCAAGUGGGUUCAUGUUAACCAAAGAUCAGGAAAAAGCAAUCAAAGCUAUGACACCGGAGCAAGAAGAGACUGCUUCCCUGCUUUCCAGUGUCACCCAGGGCGUGGAGAGUGCUUACGUGUCUCCCAGUGGGUAUCGCUUGGUCAGCGAGACCGAGUGGAACCUGCUGCAGAAGGAGGUGCAGAAUGCAGGGAACAAGCUGGGCAGGCGCUGUGAUAUGUGCUCCAACUAUGAGAAGUUGCAAGGCAUCCAGAUCCAGGAGGCUGAGACAAGAGACCAGGUGAAAAAACUGCAGGUGAUGCUGAGGCAGGCUAAUGACCAGCUGGAAAAGACAAUGAAGGAGAAACAGGAACUGGAGGAUUACAUGAAACAAAGUGCUGAAGACUCCUCUAAUCAGAUCUCCCUGCUUAUGGCCAAGUGUCAGAAGUCAGAGAACUUCCUCAGUGAACUGCAGCAGGCAUUUCUGCAAGCCAAGAGGAGUGUCCAGGAGCAAAUGGCUGUCCUGACACAGUCAAGGGAGCAGGUUUCAGAAGAGUUGGUGAGACUGCAAAAAGAUAAUGAAAGUCUUCAAGGAAAGCACAGCUUGCACAUGUCUUUACAGCAGGCUGAAGAUUUCAUCCUACCAGAAGCAGCAGAGGAGCUCCGUGAGCUGAUUCUGAAGUACCGUGAAGACAUCAUUAGUGUGAGGACAGCAGCAGAUCACCUCGAGGAGAAGCUCAAGGCUGAGAUUUUAUUCUUAAAAGAACAGAUUCAGGCUGAACAAUAUUUGAAAGAAAAUAUAGGAACCCUACAGCUGGAAAUAGAGAAUUGCAAAGAGGAAAUAGCUUCCAUUUCCAGUUUAAAAGCUGAACUGGAAAGAAUAAAAGUAGAAAAAGAACAGUUGGAAAGUUCUUCACAGGAAAACCUGCAGCAACUGGAGAGUCUGCAGGAAGCAGGAAGCAAAUUUAAGCAUGAGCAUAAAGAGUCUUUUUCCUUCCAGGCCAACCUGGAGCAGCUGGUGUUUGAAGAGAAGAACAAAGCCCAGCGUUUGCAGACUGAAUUAGAUGUCAGUGAGCAAGUGCAGAGAGAUUUUGUAAAGCUUUCUCAGACACUUCAGGUGCAGUUGGAGCGGAUCCGACAGGCAGAUUCCCUGGAGAGAAUCCGUGCAAUCCUGAACGACACAAAACUGACGGACAUUAACCAGCUCCCUGAAACAUGACACCCUGCGGGGGCAGCUCCGAGGCCGCGUCGGGGGUUUUUAACUCAUCUUUAUAGCAACAUUAAUAUUAUUUAACUCUAACCGAAAGAGCAGAAGACAACAGAGGGAGCAAUGGCUUAAGUUUUGUUUCUAGAGAGGGGAAAAAAAGGUUUCGUACUGGGCAGGAAGAGAGAGCACAAGGGUGACUUGCAGUGUAGGAAGGAGAACUUUCUAAUGGAAACACUAAUGAGUGCAGUGUUUCGUGUUCCACUGAGUGGGAUCAGUCCUUACAUUCUGAAAAACUUCCCUCUUUCAGCCGACUUCGUAACCUAAUAUAGAGUUUUGGAACAUUUACCCCUAUCUUUCCCUCUGUCCUUUCCCCCACUACUGUGAUCAAAGUAGCUGCUGGAAACCGUAUUGUCCCUCCAAAACGUUGAAGAGCAAAGUGGUUGAAGUUUUUCUGUUUGAAUAGUCAGUAACAGUAUUCAGCUAGCAGAGAGAAUGAGGUGUAGAGUAUGCUGUAUGAAUAUUUUAUAUUAAAAUAUGAAUUUAUUAGCAGGACACUGGAUAUUGACCUUAUUUCAUAACUCAGUACUUUUUUUUUUUUUUUUAAAAACCAUUGGCUCUGUGAAGAAUCUGAAAGCUGCUGAAACGUGGAUGUGAGUGAGCUGUGUCUCUCCUGGACAGAUAAAUGCUAAUCCAAAAGAAAAUGAAAACUGUACUGAGAAUUUAUCUCCUUGCCAUUUUUCUGUUGAACUCAGAUACUGAAAGAAAAGCACAAGAAAUGCACUGUUUUGUAAUCUCUUCUCACAAAUGUAAAUCAGAAUAUGGAGCUACAACCGGUUGUUUCUCAUCUCUAAAGCUGAGCAGUACCUGGAGUCCCUUCUCUGGGGGGGAAAAAAACCCACAAAACCAAACAAAAAAUCCCAAACAAACAAAAAGCUGUUAGAAGUCCUGUGCAGUGUGUGAGCACUGGCACGAGGUGAUGCAGGUCUGCUCUGCUCGGGUGGGUGACACCGGGUGUAGGGCCAGGAGGGUCAAGGGAAGGUGCUGUUCUGGGUCAGCCUCCUGCUAACAGGGAUUCCUUCACUCCCAAGUCAGGGCAUGAAUGAGCAGGAGCUGCAGGAUUGUGCUGGUGAAGCUCCUGGGUGAGCUCUGGUGUCAGGGCACUGCUCGGAGGGGUCUGUCCCACGUUUCUGUACCCAGACAUUUAAAUGACACUGUGCACUGUGGCAGCAGGGGCAGGGAAUUCUGGUGAUCAGUUUGGGUUUCUUGUUCUAUAAAUGUCCAGGGGUAACGUGACCAUUCCUCCUCCUCCAGCUGCUGGAGUUCCACACACAGCUGGAUGGUUUCCUGUGUGGUUGCAGGUGUUGAUACUGGUGGUGCAAACCCAGUUGUUAAGAAUGGCCCCCACUUAAACCUCAGUUAAGAGGAGGCUGAAGGAACAGAUCACACUGUGCAAAACUUCUUGGACUUUCCUCCAUUCCUUACUGUUUUUUCUUUAUGUCCUUGGUGAGAGAUCUGCUUUUCUUUGUCACCUUCAAAAGUGACAGAAGAUGCUCCAAACUGCAAUGCACAUGACUAUAUUUUAAGUGCUUAAAUCCUAUUUUUAGCAGUGUAUAUCCUGCUACUGACACAAAGUCAGAAGUGGUGGUUUUGAAGAGGAAUGCCUUAAAAGCAGCCAAAAAGCAGCAUACAAGCUCAAUUCCUUGUCACUCCCUGCAAGAAUUAAAGCAUUUUAUCCACCCUAGUGAUUAAUCCCCUUCAUAAUCCUGACACCCAAAAGCCAUUUUUCCCACCUUAGUAAUGACUAGACUAACAGAUGACAGAUGUCAUCUUCUUAAGAUGACACUUAAUUUCACAUUAAAGUGACAUUGAAGUGUGACUUGGGUCUUUAGUAUUUGGCUAUUACCAGAUUAUGGGUUUUUUAACCUUUCUCACUCUGUGCUGAGCUGAGGGUGACAGCAGCUGGGUCCUGAUGCAGAAAUCCAGUACCAGGUGUUCUGCAUUCAGUUUUCCAAUGGUUGGGGUCCUGUUGUGCUGGAUAAACUUUGGAGAAAAAUGCAGGCCUUUAGUAGGAGCUGCAGAAUGAGGUUUUCCUCUGUUCCCCCCUCUCCUAUCCCAAAAACUAAGGUGUAACUGGUUACUGAGUUAGUUACUGUAGCUGGUGGCACUUCACCUGUGCAGCAGGGUAAGGAGGCCUCUUGUGUGGCAAAACUACACCACCUCCUGUACCCUCUUGAGCAGCUUGAGGAACUGCACCUCGAGGACUUGCACAGUAGAAGGAUUUUUGGUUGAGUUUCUGGACUGUCCCAGUGGGAGAGAGCAAGGGCAGGGCCUGUUACUGGUCUUCCAGCAUCCCUUACUGGCCUGUGCUCAGCAGCCCUGCUCUGAACAGCCUGGGUUGGAUGGUUUCAGGUAGUCCAGGCCUGGCGUGGCUUUUCCUUGGCUGUGUUUUUACAGGCUGUUUAACGGGGGUGGUGUCAGCCUGAGGUGGUGGCUGCAGCCGGGGGGAAGGAGGUGAGUGGGCAAGUGGUUUGGGCUCCUUAGUAGCCACAGUACCAGUGUAGCUGUUGCCAAAUGCAGCUCUGCCUGCCUGGGGUGUGUGUGUGUGUGUGUGUGGGGGUGUGUGUGUGUGUGUGUGUGUGUGUGUGUUUCUUGCUUGUGAACCAGGCACAGUUUGAGUGUGUGGAGGAACUUCCUUUCGGUUUGGAGAGGACGGGCAGAGAAUUCUUGCACGGUUGUUUUCCUUCUCACCACCUUAUUCCAUCCCGAGCCUGCCCACCUGUGCUCCUGGGUCAGUACAUGUGGCCAUUUUAGCUUUGGAACACGAGUCAGCUUUUUCACCAGCUGGUGUUUAACUUCAGAUCAGACCUCUUAAGCCGUUUAAUGUUGAAAUUGGAAGCCUGGCUGUUCCCAGCAGUGGUGGGAGAUGUGCUCCCUGCAAACAGCUGUCCCCCCUGGGGAAGGACAGCACAGCUUCAGCAGCAGCAACUCUGAGCUUCUGCUGAACUCUAUUUCAUAAAGGGGCCUUUAAAAACCAAACAAUACAGUGUGUGCCAAAUGUGCAGAGCAAAUUGUAAAUGAAGUGUAGUAAAACUCUUGGUGUUGAUACUCACUGGGUGAUGGAUUAUGGUGUUACUGCUCAUAGACAUGAGAAAAGAGAUGCUCUUCCUUCCAGGUCUGGGUGUUCUGGAGCGUGGUUGGGGUCAGGGAGGGUUCUCCCCACUCCAUCAGUGCUUUGUAACCAGGUCAGCUGCAAUCCACAGGGUGAGCGGGUGGUGUGGGCUGUGACAGGGGCGAGAUCGAGGUCUGUCUGCAUUCCUGUACCUGUAUAGUCUUAAUCUGUACAAAAGUGUUCUUGCAGCAUGUCAGGUAACCCUGUUCCCCCCGGGUGUACCAGCCCUCCCUCCCCAGCAGCUUCCCCGGCCCCCCUGCUGUGUCAGCAGUGCAGUAACUCCUGUUCAAACCUGAGCUUGACCUGUCGCCUUUUCUAAGGGGAAGGGGGAGGGACAACAACUAUUUAUUGUCCACUAGAGUCUGUCUACAGCAGAUACUGAAUUGGCCUUUCAAUGUCAAGAGGGACUCCAGAGCCAUCUUUUGCUCAAGGCAAACUGUUUGGAAGUUAAUACUGCAUUCCAGUGAGCCAAGCCAUUGGUGUCCUGUGCAAUCGUGGGUGUAGAAUUCUGCUGUCUCCAGGAUUCCAGUGUAACCAUUUGUUAACUGUAUUGAAGGUGUGUCCUCUAUGGAGAAAGUGUUCCAAAUUAAAAAAAGCUGCUGAAGUG